CACAAAACAACAAGAACAGGUGCAGUAAGCGAUCAAAUGAUUUCUGGUGAUAAUUUGACGCUGUCUCUGUGAACGCCGGGGUUAAAAUUUUCUUCUUUUUGUAUGCUCUACGUAUCCUUUAUUUUGUUCUUCAGCUAGCAAUAAUGGAGACUCGCUUCACCAGAGGCAAGUCUGCUAUUUUGGAGCGGCCCCUGAGCCGACCUAAGACUGAGGUGAGUGUGAGCGCCUUCGCCCUGCUGUUCUCGGAGAUGGUGCAGUACUGCCAGAGCCGGGUGUACUCUGUGACCGAGCUGCAGGCGCGUCUGUCUGAGAUGGGGCAGCGGGUGGGAGCCAGCCUGCUCGACGUCCUGGUGCUGAGGGAGAAAAAUGGCAAGAGGGAAACCAAAGUACUGAACAUACUGCUCUUCAUCAAGGUAUCUGUGUGGAGAUCAUUGUUUGGAAAGGAGGCGGACAAGCUGGAGCAGGCCAACGACGAUGACAAAACAUACUACAUCAUUGAGAAAGAGCCUGUGGUCAAUACCUACAUCUCUGUUCCUAAGGAGAACAGCACCUUGAACUGUGCAGCCUUCACUGGAGGAAUCGUAGAGGCCAUCCUCACACACAGUGGCUUCCCCGCCAAGGUCACCGUCCACUGGCACAAGGGCACCACGCUCAUGAUCAAGUUCAGUGAUGAAGUGAUCGCCAGGGACAAGGCGCUGGAAGGCAGAUAGAGAGGAGAUUUUAUGUGACUCCUGACAGGUCUGAAAGACUGUGAGUAGAUUUGAAGUGGAUCUUAAUGCGGGUACAAAAUGUAAAGCAGAAAAGGAAUGACUCAGACACUGACUGUCAUUCCCGAUUAAUUCGCUGAUCAUUUUUAACUAACAGUUUCUCUGGACUGAUGUACUUACAUUGAAGUUAGCAGCUUCAAAAUCCAAAGAGUUUCCAUUUAAUACCAUAGAAAACCAAAAAGGUGAAGUCAAUUGAAAUUCCAAUUCAGUUCUUUCUCUUACAGUUAAAUGUUACAAAGACAUAUUUAUUGAUUAUUGAUUCCACUACUUGAGAAUUUGGUCGUUACAUAAAAUAAACAACUGAUUUCAAUAUUGUGUUUUUUUUUGUGCAACAUAUCCAUCUGAUGGGAAAUUCUCAGUUUCCCCCUUUAAUGAAUUAGUCAGGUAAGAUGUGUGGCUGCAUCUGUGUUGACAAGCCUGAUGGGAGAACACAUGUGUUUGUAAUGCAGGGUCACCACAAUAAUGUGACGGUUGGAAAAUAAAGUUGAAUAACAUGUUGAGCUUGCAGCUAAAGCAUUAAAGUUGACAUGUGUAUCUUUGAGAAAUAUUGUUCAUACAUACAUUUUGUUGUGAUAAAAUGUCAGAUGUGUAAAGGAA